AUGAGGUUUCAUCGCUCACUUUCAAGCAGUCGAUGUCCACCAGCUGUGCUUGAAAGGGCAAAGGGCAAGCGUCACAAUCGCCAACUCAUUGGCGAGUUGUUCGAAUCAUGGCUCUCGGCUGGAGAAGACUGGAUGCAAAGUAGUGUAGUAGCCAAUGCAACACGGUCAAUGGCUCAGCGUAAACGUGGCAAAUAUGUGAUGAUGGAGUUUCGGGCUUUGAAGACUCGUUUUGGAGGCCCCCUAGCAAAGCAAAUCCUCACCGAAAAGAAGCAACAGCAGGAAAACAAGGAUGCGAAUGACCCCCUCACCUACUGGAUGAAACAUCCAGAUGUGGCCAGUGAGGAUUUCGAAAUGGUUCGCAUCUUUGACAGCAUGGUCUAUGAAGAUGAGGUGCAAGAUGACCUGACUUUGGGAAUCUGUGCAAGUGGAAACUUAGAUGCUUCACAGACCCGUCAAGCCAUGCAAAUCGCAGUGGGAGGAGAGAUUGAGAAACUCCAGUCUAUGGGGCUGGGUAUGCAACCUGGUGGGGGUGGGAACUCAGUGCCGGCUGCCCCGACUGAAAAGCCUAAGAAGGUUACCCCCAUUAGCAAGCAGGUUACAAACAAGAUCAGCUCCAGUUCUGCGAAGUUGACCGAGUUGAUGGCUUGGGAGUCAAAGAUCAAAGACAACACUGUGCUGUCACCGACGCUACUUGCAGGGUUUGCAACCGAACUUGGGGCCCGCAAAGAUGCAAUUACCAGUGCCAAGACCACCUUGGAGAGUAGCUAUGCAAAAACGUUGGGGAAAACCGAUGCUCAGAUCCAAGAGGACAAGGAGCUGCUUGAAACCAUCACCACCAGUCUAGCCAAUGUUGAAGCUGCCUUUACAUCCUUUAACGGGACAAUCAAGAGCAUCAAGUUGGCAAUUGAUCCUCCUCCCAAGAAGGAGCCCAAAGCCAAGGCGAAGGCGAAGGCUGAUGCUGCUCCACCGGCAUGA